AAGCGGCCGCGGGGCUGGGGGGUGGCGGGGCGGGGGCCCCGUCUCAAGCGGCCCGGACGCCAGAGGCCCAAGGGCCCAGGCGCGGGGCUGGGAGCCGCGCGGCGCCUUUAAGAGCCGAACGGAAUGUAUCAAAACAGAGCGGCCGCGCGCCCACUGGCCGCGCGCCGCACGUGACCGCACAGCUGAUUUCCUGCUCCCCCCUUUUUGUUGCUGCCGCCGCCGCCGCCGAGUGUCAGUUUCUGAGCCGCCGCCUGCGGUCGGCCUCCCGGUGCGGGUCCGCGCGCGCCUCCUGCAGAGCCGGCCCCCGGCCCCGCUGCGCUCCCCGGCCCGCCGCGCGCCCCCGGCCCGGGUCCGAGCGCCCAUGGCGCAGUCGCCCGCCGCCGUGCCGCCGGGCGCGCCGGAGCAGGGCUGCCCCAUCCGCGUGGAGCACGACCGUCGUCGCCGCCAGUUCACCGUCAGGCUCAACGGCUGUCACGACCGGGCGGUGCUGCUCUACGAGUACGUGGGCAAGCGGAUCGUGGACCUGCAGCACACAGAGGUCCCCGACGCCUACCGCGGCCGCGGCAUCGCCAAACACCUCGCCAAGGCCGCUCUGGACUUCGUGGUGGAGGAGGACCUGAAGGCCCAUCUCACGUGCUGGUACAUCCAGAAGUACGUCAAGGAGAACCCCCUGCCGCAGUACCUGGAGCGCCUGCAGCCGUAGCCCCGGCCCGCAGGCGGGAGCCCACCCGCCAGACCUUCCCGCCAGCCCCCUCCCGGCCUCCCCGUGCUCUCAGGAAUCCUGGUCCCCGCGGGGGACAGACUCAGAGUUAUUUUUGUAAGGACGCUCGUGGCCCCCGGAGGCGGCUGGCUGAGGACGGGCAGUGGUCCAGCCGCCGUGGUGGAAGGGAGGUCCCAGUCGCUCCUGCGGGCGGGACUGGGACGCAGACGGGUCGUCUCUCGGGCCGGUCUGCUCCCCACUCUGGGAUGGAUGGGCACGGCGGCUGAUUUGGGUCCUGCCGACCUGCCCGGUCAGGGUCCUUUGUGCAGACGAGGGGGAUGCCCCCGACCGAGGGAGCAACAAGGAACCUUAUGUGCCAACUUCUGGGGGCAUCAUGCCAGGUGUGGCCACCCCCGUGCUGCCCCUUCUCCGACUGUGCCUGGUGCGGGAAGCCGGGGACAGCCCUCCCUGCGGAGAGAGGCCGGGAACGGCUGGACACGCGCACACACACGCAGGACACAGAGUGCAGAGCUGUGCUCUGGCGGGGAGGCUGAGCUAGGAGGUGUCCUAACUCCUCACACCCCCUUUUGUCAGCUCCGCGGGAACCAGGCCCCACCUGUGGCCGCCCCCCCUUCCAGCCUGGGCAUCGCGGGCGUCCCCACCCCCUCACGGGCCUCCCUGCUGUCCUGUGGGUGAGCUUUCUGAGAGAGGACCCUUGGCAGCCAGAGCGGGCAGGAGGAAGCUGCCCCCCGGGAACCAGCCUCGCUCCGAGGAAGACACAGAUCUGCAGAGGGGUUUCCUUUGCGGCCGCCGGACACCAGGGCGUCUUUGCUUUGCUGCGAGCUCGUGGCCUGUCAGGAGUCCCCCCCCCCCCCCCACAGCAGCCUCCUGGGAAUGGCCCUUUGUUCUGUGGGGGCUUCCUUGGGGGGUUGGUUAGGGCUCAGGGUACUGACCUCCUGGUCCCUGGUCCCCACAAGGGCGGAAUCCAUGCCUGGUCCCCUGUGGGCUGAGACCCGAGUGAACGUGACGAGGCCCCUCCAGGCCUCUGGCUGUCUGGGCUGCUCGUCCCUGCGACUCCGCCACACCUGAUGCGUGACUCUGCCCCUCACUGGUCUGCUCCACCCAGGCCCUCACCUCGCCCCUGACACCCGCACAGACACAUUCUCACCACGCGGCAGCAGCAUCUGUCUGCCCUGCCUGAAGGGCUGGCGGCCCCAGAGGCACUGUCCUCACCUCCUCCCCUCCCAGCCCCCCGCCCCCCCAUCCCACUGUAGAGGGCUCUUGGGGAGCCUUUUGGCAGGAGGUGGGCUCGGCUGGGGGCGUCCCCUUCCUGGUACAGUUCCACCCCUACCCCCAAGUUCAAGCACAGACUGUCAUGAAAACUUGUCUCCCUUAGCUCAGCGAGCUGGUGCUCGUCCCUCUGCAGCCUUGGGGACAAGGUGACCCAAUCCAGGAGGCAGUAACCCAUGGAGGGAGUCCUGUUGUGGUGGCACAGGGCACCCCAGGGCAAGCAGUGCACUGAGGAGCAGAGGGCCAGGUGGUACCAGGGGGACCCUGCCGUGUCCCAGCCUGCACCUGUGUUCUGACAGCAAGUGACUCUCUACACCUGGCCGCACAUGCACAAACCCAGUACUGGAACGAGGGGUGUGCGGCGUCUCGAGGGCCCUGCAGCCCUUGGCCCGGGGCCCGCUUCUCCCCAGUGGCUGCAGGUGCGUUAAAGCGGCGGCUCCGCCACAGCCCUCGGCCUCCUCUCCCAGGCCGGGCCAGGGUCUGCCACAGACCCGGGCCCUGGAGCCCCCAGCCCACCCCACCAGCACGCCCGAUCCCAUUGCGGCUGGCCAGUCCCCGGUGCUACCCUGACUGUCUGAGGUCCCAGCCUCCCCCUGCCUGUCCCGGGAUAUGUCUUUUCGGGAACCCUUGCUCAGGAGGCAGGUCACGUGGCCACUGGCAGGGAGACCCACCAGGCCCCUCCCAGCGGACGGCCCUCCUGCCACGCCUGGCUGUGGGCCUCUCUCUCGCCCUGUUCGGACGGGCGGUAACUCAUGUGCCUUUCCUACUCAGGACGUGCUCCAGGUGGCGUCUGGGCCACGGCCGGUCUCCAGACGGAUUGCAUGACAUACAUUUCAAUAAAAGGUGUGACCCA